GAUAUAAUGAAAGUGAAGUGAGUUUUGUGCGGGGAGCGAGAAGCGAGAAGGGAGUGAGGUUUGGAGAAGAGAGAGAUGGGAAAGGAGAAGAAGAGGUAUCUUCUGAAAACGGAACCGUCGGAGUGGUCGUGGGAGGACCAGGCAGCAAACGGAGGCAUAAGCAAAUGGGAUGGGGUGAAGAACAAGCAGGCCCAGAAAUACCUCAAGUCCAUGUCCAUCAACGACCUCUGCUUCUUCUACCACUCCGGCCCCAAGGCCCGCCGUAUCGUCGGCGUUGUUUCCGUCGUCCGCGAGUGGUACGGCGAUGCUGUCGACGUCAAGGCUGUCGGGGAGAUGAGGAGGCCCGUCGACUUAAAGGAGAUGAAACAUUUCAAGGAUUUCGCUCUCUUGAGGCAACCUAGGCUCUCUGUUGUCCCUGUUCCCGAUCACAUUUGGAACCAAAUCUGUCAUUUGGGAGGUGGCUACCAAGGCGACCAUGCUUCCUAAUGUAAAUACUUUAACUACUCCUUUCUGUUCUCUUUUCCGUUGAAUUAAAUGUCUUCCUUUUACCUUUACCUUUGCCCUGCUUAUGCUUGUAUAUUUCUCGUUCAUUUC